GCGGAAGUGCGGCUACUGUGUUGUGGACAGUAGCACAAUUACCUAUGUUAUUUUUUGGUGUUUUCAUCGUAAGACGACGUUUUUUAAAAAGUAUAAGAAAGCGUUAACUCUAUUAGGAGACUGAAAAUGGAGGACGACGCUCCUGUCAUUUAUGGUCUCGAGUUUCAGGCACGAGCUCUUACUGCCCAGACAGCUGAAACUGAUGCCAUUCGUUUCCUCGUGGGUACACAGUCACUGAAAUUUGACAACCAGAUCCACAUUAUUGACUUUGAUGAUGAGAAUAACAUCAUUAAUAAGAAUGUCCUUCUGCACCAAGCUGGGGAGAUAUGGCACAUUGGCGCCAGUCCUGCAGAUAAGGCUGUGCUUACCACCUGCUAUAACAAAACCAGUGACAGCAGGGUGGUUUCAUGUGCGGCAGUAUGGCGGAUGCCCUCUGACUGGGAGACAGGUAGCCAUGAGUCACCUGAUGACACCGCCCACAACCCCCAAACCCUGGAGCUGCUUUGUCGCCUCGACGACAGUGCCCAUGGCAACGCUGCCUGUGUGCUGUGGGAACCCAUGGGGGACGGCAAACGUGUGAUUUCAUUGGCUGAUAACCAUGCACUACUCUGGGACCUGCAGGAGAGCUCCACACAGGCCACGGUCUCCAGCACUGCCACGCUGGAGGGCAAAGGUCAGCUGAAGUUCACCUCGGGCAAGUGGAGCCCCCACCACAACUGCAGUCAGCUCGCCACAGCGAAUGACACGGCCAUACGAGGCUGGGACUUACGCACUAUGAGUCAGAUAUACUGUAUAGAGAACGCCCAUGGCCAGCUGGUGCGUGACCUGGACUUCAACCCCAACCGCCAGUACUACCUGGCCAGCUGCGGAGACGACUGCAAGGUCAAGUUCUGGGAUGUCCGCAAUGUCCAGGAGCCUGUCAAGACCCUGGAGGAGCACUCGCACUGGGUGUGGAGCGUCCGCUACAACCACAGCCACGACCAGCUGGUGCUGACAGCCAGCAGUGACAGCCGCCUCAUCCUCUCCAAUAUGGUGUCCAUCUCCUCAGAGCCAUUCGGACACUUAGUGGACGACGAGGAGCUCAGUGAAGGGGAGGACAACCACCAGGACGACAAGGGUAAGGAGCCCCUGAAGGACAGUGUGGUGUCCACCUACGAGGAGCACGAGGACAGCGUGUAUGCGGCAGAGUGGUCGUCAGCCGACCCCUGGCUCUUCGCCUCACUCAGCUACGACGGACGGCUCGUCAUCAACAGGGUCCCCCGUGCCCUCAAAUAUCGCAUCCUGCUCUGAGAGGGACAGGUGAUCUGAAUGUGUCUGUGUGUGUUUGUACAGUGGGAGAGGACAGCACAUGGGCCCACAUCCUUCACUACAAACUGCUGCCAUUAGACGUUCCAUUAUAACUUGGUAGAGCGUGCUGUCUAAGGUCCUUCAAACUUCAUAUUGAGGCAGCAAUGGUAAGGAGUGUGUGUGUGAUGUAAACAUACUGUCGUACAUAUGUUUCACUGAGCUCUGUAAACAAAAAUCUGCUCUGAAUAUCCCAGUUAAAUGAAAAACAAAAUAUAUAUACCCUCAUAAGAACAUAAA